AUGAAGCGGCAAAUACCAUGGCCUCAGCUACCCAGGACGAUUCAGGAUGCCAUCGAACUCACAAGACAUCUUGGCGUCAAAUAUCUUUGGGUAGAUGCCUUAUGCAUCUUGCAAAGCGAAGGACUGGAUGACCAGAAACACAGAGAAGACUGGUCAUGCGAGGUAGUUCGAUUCGGAAAGUAUUACGAAAAUGCUUUAUUGACUAUAGCUGCCACUGGAGGUAGCUCUUCUGAACAGGGAUUAUUUUUCUCCAGGCCACUAUCGCAAUUUGGACCAACAUCUAUUACAUUCCAGACAGCAGAUCACUCGAUCUACACUGUUCGAUCCAGAGUCCUUGACUGGCGUACGGAAACCAUUACUGCGCCAUUGUUUAAGCGGGGAUGGGCUAUACAGGAACGUCUCUUAUCAAGAAGGGUUCUGCACUUUGCCCGGAAUAUGAUACUAUGGGAGUGUCAAGAGUGUCGAGCAACCGAGCUUGACCCAAAAGGGUUAAAUCCUAGAGGCCUAGAUGACGAUGGUGGCGUUGAAGAUGAAUGUAUCACUAAGUAUCGAGAUCUUCAUGUUAUGGACUUAACACCUGAAGAUGCCAUUGAAGAAUGGUACAGAUUCCUUCACAUCUAUUCGAAAAGUAACUUUACUUUCGUUUCAGACAGAUUACCGGCACUAUCAGGUAUCGCAACUAUCAUACAAAAACACAUUAAACAAAUAUAUAUUGCGGGAUUAUGGGAGUUGGAUAUUGCUAGGGGCCUAGCGUGGUAUAGUUGGGGUCCUUUCAGUUUCGACACAGCGCACCUAAGCGGUCCUCGCAUCACCAGCAGCCCGAAAAAAGCAGACUCGCAGCUUAAAUUGCCCUCUUGGUCCUGGGCAGUUUCUAAAAGCUGUAUUUUGUACUUUUCUAACCAUGACUGGACACCACUUGUUGAAUUGGAGUCGUACGAAGUCGACUCACAAGGAACAAGUACUUCAGGGCAGUUGCGCGGAGCGAAGCUCACACUUCGCGGUGUUCUAGCUAUGGUCAAUCUAUCUGACUUGGGAUUUGUGCCUCAUGCAGACAAGGUCAAUGUUUUGCGUCGUGGUCUGGAGGACUAUGUUAGCAGAUUUGAAGCUGUAUGUAUGGAUACAAUACUGGACUCCCAGACGGGAUAUGGUUUCUACCCUUGUCUUCUUCUUGGAAGUGCCAGUCCUGGGUCCGGUGACGAUACUGCAGGAGGGGCUCUUAUCCUGAAGAUGACUGGACAGUGUUUGGAUAACGUCAAGGUGUAUCAAAGAGUUGGGUUUAUGUCACUUCCAAUCGAUGAGUGUUUAUCUAUUUUCACCGGAAAGAAAACAACUAUAAACUUGGUAUAA